AUGAGUGAAAGAGAUGAAGUUUAUAAAGAAAAUAAGGAAAAAAAAAUAUCAAAUGAUAAAGAAAAAGAAUUAAUAAGGGAUAAUCAAAAUGAUUUAAAUGAUGAUGAUACUAAAAAUAAAAAUAACAAAAAUUAUAUAGAUCCUAAGAUGUAUAAUAAAUUCAAGAAUGAUGGAUCAUUUUUAGAACAGGUGUUGGCUUUACAGAAGGAGAAAAAAAUAAGGAAAUCAAAAAUAUUAGGAAAAUCAGAGCCAAAGAAAAAAAAAAUAAAAAAAAAUGAUUUAGAAGAAAAAAAGCAAAAACUAUCAGAUUCAAGUGUGGAAGACAAACAAGACGUUGAAGAUGAACGAGAAAUACAAAUUAAAAACGAAUACAUUGACAAAAUUAAUAAAAUGAAAGAACAAGGAUUUUUCACUGAUAAGGGAAUAGGAGCUGGAUUAGUUAAAUAA